AUGAGGUAUCCCUUCCCUGACAAGUACAAAGUCCCACGGGUGGACAAGUAUGACGGAAGUGGGGAUCCCACCGAGCAUAUGGAGAGUUUUUUAGCUCACCUUAUUCUCCAUGGUACCCCUGUUGAGAUCGCUUGUUGUGCUUUCCCUUUAACCUUGAAAGGAGUUGCCAAGGAUUGGUUCGGGGGAUUGGAUCCCAAAAAGAAUGAGUCGUUGAAGGACUACCUACUGAGGUUUAAUCGGGAGAAGCUAAUGGUAGAAAAGGUUAGUGAUGAAACGGUGCUUUUGGUGUUGAUGAACGGAAUCAAAGCAGAAGGACCACUGAUGGCUGAGCUUGCCCAAAAGAAAAAGUGGGAGGAAAUCGUUGGAGCUUUGUUGAAGUCCAAAACCGAGGUUGCCUUGAUUAAGCCCAACAGUGGGAAAGCACCAGAGAGCUCUAAAAAAAAGAGGAAGGAGGAGAAGGCACCUCCAAGAAGUCUCCAAAGAAAGGUGGAGCCACAACACCAGCAGGGCUAUAAAUAUACUCCAUUAAAUGCCAGUAUCACCAAGGUGUUUAUGGAAAUCAAGAGUGAUCCAACCUUCAAAUGGCCGACGAAGAUGAGGACUCCUUCAUUCAAGAACGGCAAGUUGGUGAGAUUCCUAGCUCGUGAAAGGAGCAGGGGUAGAGACCCUCAGGAGCUUUUACAACAGAGUGGUAAUGAAGCCCUUGAAAGAAGGCAGGAUGAUCGGGUUGUGAGACCAAGGCACAAUGAUGAACCGAGGAUGGCUCGGGCUUACCAUCAUAACCCUCAGAACCAAGAUGUGAUUGGGGAAAUCCAUAUGAUAUCUGGGGGGGUUAGCUGGUGGAGACGCGGAAGAGUGGCGAUGCCCCACGAAGAUGCACUUGUAGUAACAAUAACGGUGGCCAAUCACGCCAUUCACCAAAUUCUGGUGGACAGCAGAAGCUCGGCUGAUAUCUUAUAUUGGCUAGUUUUCAAACAAAUGGGAAUCGAUCAGGAUAGGAUCAAGCCAUUUGGUUCACCACUAGUCGGAUUUACGGGAGAGCAAGUUCAGCCUAUGGGGCUCAUUUCUCUUCCUACAAUAGCGGGAAUAGCCCUUAAACAAGUGACAAUAAUGGUGGAUUUCUUGGUGAUUGACCUACCAUCUGCCUACAACGCAAUUAUUGAUCGACCAUCAUUAGAUAAGUUGAGGGCUAUCACCUCAACUUGCCAUUUGAAGAUGAAGUUCCCAUUAGAAGAGGGAGUUGGAGAAGUCAAAGGAGACCAGGUUGUAGCGAGGAAUUGUUAUAACACUUCUAUGAAGAAAUUUUCAGAAUCUGCGCCCUUUACAAUCGGUAAUGUGACCAGUAGGAAAGAAGGCGAACCAGCCGAGGAUUUGGUAAAUGUGUCUGUGGGAGAAGACAAAGUCGUUAAGGUUGGCUCUCAACUAACCCCACAAGUCCGGAAAGCCUCAUCAACUUUCUUCAGAAUAACUUUCAGUGUUUGCUUGGACUCAUGA